AUGGCUACCAUUGGUAAUGCUGAUGACGAGCAUAACUUCGUCAAAGAGUGGUCAAAAUGGGCAGAGAAUAACACCAAAAAGGGGCGUGUCUCAAGUCUCAGUUCUGAUGGGCAGCAUUCAGGAGGAGGAGUAGAGGAACAAUCGCUGUGUCCCAUAUGUAUUGAUGAGAUGCAGAAGGAAGAGGAGAUCCUGCGAUAUCAACCCCAUUCAAUUAAUCGUAUGAGUAAAGGCAAGAUUGAGGUCACCGCUGCGAGAAACCACCCGGAAGCUACCGUCACAUACGCAUAA